AUGCCUGAAGAUAUCCCAGCUGAGUAUAUUCGACUUCUUCGACAAUUUGUAGCAUUGUGUGAUGCACAACCUGAACUACUUCAAGCACCUGAACUUGAUUUUUUUCGAGACUGGCUUUCUAAAUUAGGGGCAACAAAUUCAGCUGCCGAGACUAGUUCUACCAUAGAAACUGAAGACAUUCGUAAUGCUGAGGAAGAAACCACUACGUCGUCAACAAGUCAAGAGGAGACACCAAAAGUUGAAAGCGAAGCAGAAAGUGAAUUGGAACUGGAUAUGACUGGUGUAGUUGAAGGUGACAAUGAUGCACCACAAGCUAUGUGGGAUACAAAUAUCGAAGUGACAGAUGCCAUGUUAGAGCAAGCUGAUGUUAAACGAAGUGAAGCUCAAUCAAAACUUUCCGAAGGUGCAUUUGAAGAAGCUAUUUCGCUAUUUACACAAGCGAUUGAAAAUAAUCCACAAUCAGCUAUUCUGUAUGCGAAACGUGCGCAAUGUUAUAUCAAACUUCAAAAGCCAAACGCAGCGAUACGUGAUUGCGAUCGAGCUUUAGAACUUAACGAAAAUUCACAACAAGCUUUGAAAUGGAGAGGCAAAGCAAAUCGUAUGUUGGGUAAUUGGGAAGCGGCAUACAGAGAUUUCUGUAAAGCACAGAUAUCUGAUUUCGAUGAAGACGUACAAGCAUGGCUUAAAGAAGUUGAAGUGAAUGCAAAAAAAUUGGGUGAGCACAAGCGCAAAUACGAACGACGUCGGGAAGAGAAAGAAAUUCAAGCUAAACGUGAACGCAUUCGUAAAGCUCAAGAAGCCUAUGCUAAAGCGCAACACGAAGAAGAUGAACGACGAGCGCGUGAACAACAAGCGCGGUUUGCUGGUGGUCAACAGUAUCCAGGAUUUCCAGGCGGUAUGGGUGGCAUGGAUGAAGCAGAUUUAGGAGGACUGGGUGCUGUUAUGAAUGAUCCAGAAAUAUUGGAAGCUUUGCAGGAUCCAGAUGUACAAAAGGCUUUCGCGGACGUAAGCACAGAUCCUUCGAAAUUGGCUGCUCAUCAGAGUAAUCCCAAAGUACGCAAAGUAAUGGAAAAACUAGCCAAAAAAUUCGGUGGAGCUGGCGGACCCAUGAGCGGCGGUUUUCCAGGCUUUCCAGGUGGGAUGGGAAAUGAUUUUGGUGGAGCUGGUGAUGUAGAUGCCAACGAUCUCGACUAA